GGUUGUUCACCAGCCUCUGUUAUGAAUUGGAGCUUUUGGGGCUUCGUGAGUUAAGGAUCUCUUCUAUUUUAAUCUUCUGCGGUGCCUCUCAAACGGUUAAUCCGCAUGUUUAAAGGUCCAGAGAGAAACCGGAAGCGGGCUGCGGGUGAGUUUGUGGGAUCUGGGAGCGGAGCGGCACACUGGGCCGCAGGCGGAGUCUGCCGCGCGAGCAGUGGGAGUCAGUGGAGCUCUGGCUCCACUAUGGAAGAGCCGGGGGAGAGAUAAGGAACCGCACGGAGGACUCCGAGAAGUUAUUGUCACUGAGCACAUCCCAGUUGGCUGAGUUCUGUGAGUGGGUCCAGGACUUCUCUCUGUGAUGACAGACUAUCUGCACCCUUCUCUCCUCGAAGCCUGCGUGGUGGUGGGGGCAUCCACUGACAAACUUCUGGAAGUCUACCAGGCUGUAAAUCAUCAUGGAGCUCUAGAACCGCUCCAGCUGGAUCCGGAGGUUCUUCAUGUACUAGCACCCCCCUUUGUUAGCAGACCUCAGGGUGAGGGUGAAGUGCUGAAGUCCCGAGGGAAGCGGCGGCGCUCCUUUCUCAGGAAGAAGAGGGAACAGCCUUCUUCAGCUGCAGCAACACACAACCAAGGUCUGGUGCACGCAGGCCCACAUGUAGCCGCGUCGGGUGGAGUUGUCCCAGAGGGAAGAGGAGGCGGUGACGAUGUCAGUGUACCCAAAGACAUUGACCUCAUGGCUCUUCCUCAGCUCUGUUUCCCUGGUGGCCUGCAAGUGACUAGCGAACAAAAAAGUGAACAGUUCCACUUCCUGGUUUUCACUGAUGUCUUUGGCAACAAGACCCAUGGAGUAGUCAUGCAAUACUACCGCCCAGUUAUGGAGGGGGCAUCUGUCUAUCAAAACGGAUCUGGAUCUUCUAGAUUAUGUAUUUUCUCUGCCUACAGUUUCUGCGUCAUAUCCAAGUAUCCUUACUUCACUGCGCUCAAAGACUGCUUGUCAUGUCUUUUGAUCCAGCUACAAACUUGUCGGCUAUCAGACAUGGAGGACAGAGUGAAGGAUUUUGCAACCAAACUUACACUCGUGCCGAUUCCACCUCCUGGACAACUACAUUUGAUGUUUACAUUACGUCCACUAACCAUUGCAUUACCUUCAAGUGAGGACAAAGACCUCCAGGCGGUAGAUUUAGACCUCCACCUGCCUCUCCUGUGCUUCAGGCCACAGCAGCUUCUGCAGGUGCUGUCGUGUCUCCUGCAGGAGCAGCGGGUGGUUUUGUUUUCGGCUGACUGGGCCAGACUCACACUGAUAGCAGAGAGUUUGUUCAUCUUUCUGAAGCCUUUUUUAUGGCAGCAUCCUUAUGUCCCUGUCCUGGCCAGAGGCAUGCUGGACUUUCUUAUGGCUCCAACUGCCUUUCUUAUGGGAUGCCAUCUCAGCCAUUUUGCAGAAGUUGCUGCUGAAACUGAUGAUUUAAUCUUAGUUAAUAUUGAUGAUGGAAGCGUUUCCUCUUCUUCGUCUGAUACUCUUGACCUGCCUGACAUCCCUCCAGCUGCUGCAGACUGCUUCACACAAAGGUGUCAGUCACUCCAGAUACACUUUGACUUGGAUCAGUGUCACCGUGCAAGCUGCACUGAGAUCAAUGAGUAUCGUGCACAGAGAAGAGCAUGGCAGUACAGCCUCAAUCAUGACAUCCAGAGGACUGCACUUGAACUUAUCGUCAAUAUAUUCAGGGAUGUGAGCAGCCAUCUGAAUUAUGAUCAUCGAGUGUUUCACAGUGAAGAGUUCCUAAAAUCUAGAGAGCCAACCGAGCAACUUUUUUACAAGAAGGUCUUGGAGACACACAUCUUUCACUCCUUCCUCAGGGAACGUCUCAAUAAGAAAAUGGACAACUUUGCUCGAAUGGAAAUCAGCACUCGUUCUGAGAUGCACAAGUUGAAAGCUAUGCUUGAAGUACCACGGAGACCUACAAUGCAGGAGAUUCAGGCCCGGAGAAAGAGCUCGCUCAUAGAAAACAGGCUGAACAAGAGACUGGGAAUGAGUCUCCCAAAUUUGGGGGAUGACCAAUCCAUUGGCUUCCAAAGAACCCCACUGCUUACCAGGAUCAUGAUGUCCGAUUCAGCUUUCAGAACAUCUCCUAAGCCUGUAAAGGUGUUCAAACUCCCAGACUUCCCAGUGUCUCUGUCUUUCCACUCUGUCCAAAGUUAUUACAGUGAGCUCAUCCAGAUGCUUGGAAAAUCCAUUUUGUCAGUCCAAAAUGAGAACUCUGCUCUACUAGCAAGAUUUUACUACUUACGUGGCUUCAUCAACACGUUGUGUUCAAGGCGACUAGAGGCUCUGAGUGAUUUCCAGAAUCUCUACAAGACUGACACAGCCAUCUUCCCCACACACUUAGUCACAUGGCUGGUGAACUCUCUCCACAGAGAUGAGAGGCAGCAAGCCCAAAGACGACCAGAACUAAAGAGACUCAUCUUCAAGGUAAAGACAGAAAACGAGAAAUCUGUGAUCCAGACUGAUGAUCAUGUCAAAAGAUUUGAACUUCCUCGAGAUAAUCUGCACCAGGAUGAGUUUGUGCGCUGUGUUCAGGAGUGUGGAAUUGUUAAAGAUGUGUCCACAAUCCACCGUUUAUUUGAUGCUCUCACUGACGGCGAGCCAAAACAGGUGAACCCCGACCUCUUUCGAGAUUUCUACACCGUCUGGAAGGAGACAGAGGCAGAAGCACAAGAUGUUAACCUGCCCUCUGAGGUCAUCAACCACCUUGACAACAGCGAGUGUGUCUACAAGCUGUCGUCCUGUGUCAAGACUUCCCAUGGAGUAGGUAAAAUCGCCAUGACGCAGAAACGUCUCUUUUUGCUCACCGAGGGACAGCCCGGCUUCGUGGAAAUCACAAAGUUCCGAGACAUACAGGAUGUGAAGAUGGGCUCUGCUCCUUUUCUGCUGGUUCGUAUUCCCUCUCUUCGUAUCCAGACGUCCAGUAGGCCUGAAGUGUUUGAGGCUAACCUGAAAACCGAGACUGAACUCUGGAACCUUGUGGUCAAAGAGAUGUGGGCUGGGCGUAAGAUGGCAGACCAGCACAAGGACCCUCAGUAUAUGACUCAGGCUCUGACCCAUGUCUUGUUAAUGGAUGCUGUUGUGGGCUGCCUGCAGACUCAUAGACCCCUCUCUGCUGCCACAAAACUGGUUUACUUUGAUAAAAUCAAGCAUGAAGUGCCUAUGAUGGUGCCUAAGACUACCUCAGAGACUUUGAAGCACAAGAUUAACCCCUCCCUGGACCUGCCGGAGCCCCAAACCGUGCAUGUGCUGCUGUACACGCCAGGUCAGCUGACCGGCAAUGGCUCUCAGAAUGAGAUGAACCCAAAGCUAUGGGUGGCUCUCAGUGGGGGUAAAGUGGUUGUGUUCGAUGCAGCCAGCUGGUCUAUGCUGCAUGACUGCAUUCAGGUCGGAGAGGUGCAAGUGACCUGCAUGAUGGGACUGAUCCAAGAUCAGGUGUGGAUUGGCUCUCUGGACUCUGUCAUCUACAUCAUUGACACCAACAGCAUGUCGUGCAACAAGCAGCUGACUGAACACCGACAUGAGGUGACUGGCUUCACAGUGGACACCAAAGAUCAACACAACAGUCAGCAUACGUACACCUGCAGUUGUGAUGGGACCAUCCUGCAAUGGGACUCGUCAGCUCUUAAAGUGAAGAAGCAGUUCCACCUCACCUGCGACCGCCUUUCCUCCAUACAGGUGUAUGAUGGCACCCUGUGGUGCUGUUGUGGUGACAGCAUUGUGGAACUGAAAAAGAGCGGAGCACCCCAUAGGAGAGUAACCCUUCCCGAUGAGUUAGGGAGCAUGCUCAGUAGCUUCAGCUGUUUCAUCGUCAUCCCAGAGAGAGGGCAGCUGUGGACGGGUUGUCCAAACUCAGCAGAAUUGUGUCUCUGGCACAUUAACAACCACAAAACUCCACUGAAAAGAAUCCCCCUUCCAGCCAGUUCAGGAAUCACCUGUAUGAUUCGAGUAAAAAACCAGAUCUGGGUGGGCUGCCGGGGACGUAGUGGCGUUGGAGGCCAGUGUGACGGUCAGCUGAGAAGCCAGGUGAUGGUGGUGGACCCAGACAGCCUCACAGUGGCAAAGGAACUACAGGCCCAUUCUGACAGCAUCCAGACACUCUGCUCUGCUGAGGAUCGCUAUGUCCUGAGUGGCUCCGCACGGCGCGAUGGCAAAAUCGCCAUCUGGAAAGUUGAGUAGAGAACAGGAAGAGAGAGCAGUAGAACGAUUUAAAAAUAGCAACAAAUUUUGUUGCAAAAUUAGUCUUUUGGUGAUGUGGUGAUAAUAGUGAUGGUUGAAAUUUUCUGUAACAAUCCAAAGCUUAAAGUGAAUUCAUUUUUAAAUGUAUGAGUCCUGUCAUUUAUGCACAUUGUGUAAAGAAGUUGAAAUAUGUGUCUACAUUUCUGUAAUAAAGCUUGGAUGUUUCAAAAGCAGCAAACAUAUUGGAAUUACAUGAAAUUAACUGCAAAUCUUUUUUUAAUAAAGCAUUAAAUAAUAAAGCCUCAUAAA